GCCAACUUAGGUUUCGUUUUCGUUUCUUGCUGUGUUUCUUUUACAGAUAUGUCAUAUGCUCUCGUUCAUCGCUUUCAGAACGCACUGACUCCUAGGGCGCAGACUGACCGUCCUGUGUUCCAUCAAGAUGAGCUGAUUAUGGAUACGUUUAGACGGUGAUAAUAACACAUUUACAAUGUUUUCGUGGGGAGAGAACACCCGUGAUGGCUUCGGUUUAGUGAAAUCGAAUGAUUUGGUAAAGGCGAACACGGACGGUUGCGUAAAUGUCAUACACCUGAAAUCUCCAGUUACGCAUCUUUCUGCAGGUGAUAAAGUGGUCGCGUUCAUCAGAAAUAAUGGGAAACAAGUGUCCCUCGCUCGGAUGCAAGAUGACAAAGAUGGGAGAAGGAUCACAGGAAAACUGAAGGGUGUGGAGUGCAGGGAGAAGAUUCUGGCUCUGAGUUGCUGUGAUGCACAUAUUAUUUUACUGUCUGAAGAGGGCAGAGUUUUCUGCCUCACCCAAUCAUCCAAUGUUCCCAGACCAGUGGGUAACUUGAAUCACGUAAUUCAGGUUGCAUGUGGAGACCAUCAUUCCAUUGCACUAACCCAAGAUGGUAAAGUGUUCACGUGGGGCCAGAACUCCAGCGGACAGCUGGGUUUGGGGGAGGGAGAGCCCAGCACCUCGUCUCCCCAGCCUGUCAAGUCUCUGUCAGGGAUCCCCCUGGCCCAGAUCACCGCUGGGGGAGACCACAGCUUCGCCCUGUCCCUCUCUGGAGCUGUGUUCGGCUGGGGCAAGAACAGCGCCGGGCAGCUGGGACUGGGGGACACAAUAGACAGACCUGCUCCAGCUCCUGUUGAUUGCUUGAAUCUAAAGAAGACCGUUGCUGUUUCCUGUGGAGGGGAGCAUACUGCUGUUCUGACAAAGGGAGGUUUCGUGUUCACAUUUGGCUCGGGUCGAUAUGGACAGCUUGGACACAACUCUCUCAGAAAUGAACUACGACCUCGACUGGUGGCCGAAUUCUGGGGGGCAAAGGUGACCCAGAUAGCAUGUGGAAGAAACCACACAUUGGCGUUUGUGGGCUCCUUCAAAAAGAUCUACUCAUUUGGGCAUGGAGAGCAAGGGCAGCUGGGAAAUGGAGUCAAGAUGGAUCAGUCUGUGCCUCUGCCAGUACACCUACCACAGGACCACAUUGAUGACCAGCCAAUUGAACAAACCUUUGCUGGAGGAAACCAUUCUUUUGCCUUGUGCAGCACUACUCAAGAAUCAGGAAAAGGGUUGAAUGACUCCAAUCUCGGAAAAAUGACUCAAACAUUAGAUGAUGACAUCAUUAACAGAUGGAUCUCGGACUGUGACUCAAAAUCAUGGAAGACGAUACAGAAGGAAAUCACAAAAACAUUCUCUUCUGCAUCAUGUUUAAAUGGGAGCUUCCUGGACAAAAGCCGUGACAAACAUUAUCAAACCUCACUGAAGCACUCUGGCCUGGACUUGUCAUUCGCCCGACUGGCUUUUCAAAAGCUGGCUAAAAAGAAUAAAGUUCUGGCUGAGGUUGAAGAUGUUGUCCAGCGCAUUCUCCUUCCCUCCCUGAGUAAGGAUCCCAUUGGGGUGGAGGGUCUGAGGGUGUACCUCAUCAUCCCUGAGCUCCUGAGGGUUCUCCUAAAACAACAAUGUGGCAUGGAUAUUACUGAGGCCUUCGCUGCUGCCGUCCUCAGACUGAACCCAGACAAGCUCCAGGUCCUUGAGGGCCUAUGGUCGACACUUCCCGACACCCCCUUCAGAACUCUGGUGAAAACAUUCCACUAUGUGUCAGCAGAGUAUCUCCGUAUGGUGGCAGAGGAGGAUUAUGCUGCUGACAAACAAUUUGAAGGGACUGUAAAGGUUAUGGAGAGGCUGUAUGAGGUCAAUUGCAACAGACGCAUCAAAAUUGCGGCAAGCAAUUUCCACAUCAACAGAACCAAUUAUAUGCUUCGGAAUAUGCUCAACACACUUGUAUAUUAUGACUACCUAAAUCUUCCCGAGGGAUUCUUUUAUACAUUUCACCGACAAUCCUGCAUCUUCAACACAGAGGCUAAAUGUAUGGUUUAUCAAUUGGAACUCAAUUACAGCUUUGUCCUCGGUGGACCGUUAGCCUUUUGGGUCCCUACAAUACAUGUGAGGAGAGAGAGAGCCCUGGAAGAUGCUUUCCAGCACCUUCGACAAAGUGGGCACGACUUCCCAAUGCCUUUGAAGGUGAAGUUUCAAGCAGAGGAUGGUGUGGAUGAAGGUGGUGUUUCACUGGAAUUCUUCAGCCUCCUGGGGAGGGAACUUCUCACAAUGGAACCAAAGACACUGGAGGUUUACGAGGAUUCUGGACUUGCGUGGUUUACAACAGAUGACGGCGGUAUUACUGAUGAAUUCUACUUACUUGGGCUGCUCUGUGGGAAGGCACUGUAUAAUCAGUGUGUUCUGAACCUCUGCUUUCCUCUGGCUCUCUUCAAGAAGCUUCUGGGUCUGACUACAACAUUGGAUGACCUUAAAGAGCUGUCUCCAACUGAAGCAAGUGGCUUGCAGAAUGUGUUGGAUGAAGAUGAUGAGUUAGUUGAAGCAAUGGAUUUGGUUUUCAUGUACAAAGGGCAAGAACUGAUACCAAAUGGAGAGGAGCUCCCAGUUACCAUGGUCAACAGGAAGAAAUAUGUUGACUUGUACGUUGACAUGAAGCUCAACAAGUCGGUGCAGAUUCAGUUUGCAGACUUUGAGAGCGGCUUCCACAAAGGCUUCCCUAUACAGGCAUGGAGGAUGUUUCUACCUGAGGAGCUGAUGACACUUCUACAAGGAGAUGACAACUACGAGUGGGACAAGUUGAGACAGAAUGCCAACUAUCAAGGAUAUAGGCCCACAGAUGACAUCAUCCAGAACUUCUGGAGGGUUUUCACAGAGUUCUCAGAGGAGGAAAAGAAGAAGUUCUUAACUUUUCUGACUGGAACGGACAGACUGCCCAGAGGACGAAGUCUCUCCAAACUGCAGAUGCAAAUCACGUCUUUGGGCAGCACUGACGCUGAUGAAUAUUAUCCGAAAGCACAAACCUGCUCUGUGACGUUAUGCCUCCCUAACUACAGCAGUAUCGACACACUACAGGAGAAGCUUCUCCAUGCUAUCACCCACUGUGAUGUGUUUGGAGAUUUUUGAAAUUGUUAAACUGGGAAGCAUGUAGCAUUUUUUAUUUAUUUUUAUCCUCACCAGUCAUUAUUAUUAUUAUUAUUCUAUUCAUGUUUUAAGUCAAUGAAACACAUUCAGAGCUAACAACUGAACAUCUUCAAACAUAUUAAGUAGUCUUAAAUAUAGUUUUCCUAUUUAAAUUACUUCAGUAUUGCACAAUGUGGACCAAUAUAAAUAUGUAUUUCUUGACAUGUUCUACUCAUGUUUCCUUCAUGCACUGGGAUAACUGGAUACUUGGAGACCUCUGCUGUUUGAAUAUCUAAACGACGUGCUGUCUUUGUUAAUAGAAAUGUUUAACUGCGAAUGAGUGCCAUAGUAAAAAGAGCCACUGUUAAUAAAGAUUUUUUGUGGAA